AUGGAUGUGCGUGUGUGCUGUUAUGUGUUAUCAGUGGCUCUCGGAUUGGUCAGUGCUCAAAAUAGCUACACUAUUCCCGAUGUGAGAAUAGAGGUUCUUCAACCUAAAGGUUUUAGAGUUUCAAUACCUGAUGGUCCAGGGCUGGCUCUCUUCGUAUUCCAAGGGAAUUUAAACCGGAAGAUCGACAGAGACGCGGUUGGUAGCCUAAAAGGGGAGGUCCUCCGGCCAACCAAUGGUCGUUGGGUGUACGAAGACGCAAAUACCCAGCUUCGUGUCGGUGACGUCAUCAACUACUACGUAUUUGUCUCAGUGAACAGAAAGGGCUACUUGAAGGACAACUUGAGUUACACUGUACAAGCAGUUGAAGACCGCACUGGGAGUAGUCCAAAACCGGUCGGAUGUUUACCCACAGUGACAACUAUACGGGGAGGCAAUGCUUGCAGUGGUCAGAUUAUAUUCGAGGAUGACUUUUCAUCCCUGAAAGACACUUGGCAAAUCGAACAAUAUAUACCUGUUUCAUCACAUCCCGAAUAUCCCUUUGUAUCAUACCAGAGAUUGCCGGAUGAUCCUGUUGUCUAUGUGUCUAAUGGUAACCUCCAUAUUACUCCUAAGAUCCAGCAACGUAUGUCUGACUUCACUAAUGAAUCUAUUUACCUCGGAAACUUAGACCUUUUUAGCGGUUGUACAUCUCGUGCUGAAGAAUGUUACCGUCAAGCCUCUGGACCUGAUAUUCUACCACCAGUAGUCAGCGGGCGCAUAACAAGCGCAGGGUUCGCUUUUAAAUAUGGAGCCGUCACAAUUAGAGCUAAGCUACCCCAAGGAGAUUGGUUAUAUCCUGAAAUACUCCUGGAACCUUUUUUGAAGAAAUACGGUAGUUCUAAUUACGCUUCAGGUGUUAUAAAGAUUGCUACAGCACUUGGCAACCGAGAUCUGAGAGUAGGACUAGAUGAAUACGGUAAUAAAGUUUUAUACGGCGGUCCAAUCAUGGACGUAAAGUGUAGAAUGCAGCUGCUAUCAAGAAAACUGAUGGAUAACAGUCUAUGGGGUGAUGACUUCCACGAGUAUGGUCUUACUUGGACUCCCCAAUACAUAUCGCUGUCAGUGGAUGGUGAGCAAUGGGCGCGGGUGGAUGCAACGGGCGGGUUGCGCACUCGUUUCCCAAAUACAUGCACCCAUCUACCACGAAUGUUACUUGAAAAAGGCACUAGGAUAGCACCUUUUGAUGACUACUUCUACAUAACAUUGGGUGUAGCAGCUGGUGGUAUCACAGAGUUCCCGGACGACUCAUACACCGGCGGUGGACAGCCUAAGCCCUGGCGUAAUUCCGGUCGUAAGGGCAUGCUCAGUUUCUGGGAGGACCUGCCCCACUGGGGAACAACCUGGACUCAACCAGAACUCUUAGUCGACUAUAUAAAAGUCGUUGCUUUAUGAUUUUUUCUAGUCUUCAGCUCAACAUGACCUGGGGUUUUGCGAGUUUAGUGAUAUAUUUUACAUAUAGUAACUAUAAAUACUUAACUUUAUCCAGAAUGUUACAAACUUAAGUAACUAAUGCCCGUUGCCAAUAACCUAAAUCAAGGCAUAGCUUAAAUAAGAAACGCUUAAUCUUACGAAUCGCGUUACACAGAAAAUAAAAUCCUUCAAUCCCUAAACAUAUUUGUGAUCUAUUAUAUUUCCGAAAUAUCUAGCGCAAGGCGUCGUAUGACAUGACUAUAGAUAUUGCUUAGUAUCGUUAAGUGGUUCCUAGUCUAGGCGACAUAUUUGAGCGACUCCUAACCUAAGUGAAAAUGGCAUAAAGAGUUCAUCUCAAACUUGUAUAAUAAAGACUUCAUGCAUUUAUAUGUGAAUGAAUUAUGUGACAACUAAAUAUAAAAUAUGUCAAACAUACGCAAAAUAGAGCUAUUGUCUAAAUUAAAUAUUAUAUUGAGGAAUAAUUUUGAGGAGAGUAUUAUAAAGUGUUAAAGAAAUUUUCAAUUUCCUUUUGCAUAUAACUAAAAUGUGUAUAUUAUAUUUGUCACUAUAAACUAGUAAAUAAAAUAAUUGUUUCCUACGGAUCUACAAGUUAAUUUUAAGCUAUUAUUGUAUUUUUUUUUUAGUUGAAUGUGAAAUAAAAGACUGUUGCC